AUGGACUAUCACCACGGCACGGCCACCACAACGGCCACCAACAGUCCCCGCCCUGGCACGCCAGACGAGAACGACCACAUCGAGCCCGCUCAACAACACAACCCCUUCCAAACCCCGUACGGCUCCAUACCCGCCUCUGCUGUCGGCUCGUCGACAGGCUUCCAAGUCCAAGCACCUCCAAGAUACUUCCACUCGAGAAGAAUAAACCGAGCAGAGAUUGAAAAGCCAUGGCUAGACAAGAAGGAUCCCAAAGAGAAAUGGGUCACCAUCAUCCCCAUCCUUGGCAUGGUGCUCGGUAUUGCCCUCACCGGCUUCUUGAUCUAUGAGGGUCUGCAGACAAUCUCAAACCACGUCUACUGCCCUGUGCUGGACGAAGACUUCUCUGGAGGUCUCAACCCCAAGGUCUGGACGAAGGAAGUUGAGGUUGGAGGCUUUGGCAACGGCCAGUUCGAGCAAACCACCAACACCGACGAGAAUGCUUUCAUCCAAGACGGCAUGCUUCACAUCAAGCCCACCCUCCAAGACCAGAAGCUCAUGGAAUCUAACAAUGUCAUCAACCUGCUCAAAGACGGUUCUUGCUCGUCUGAUAUCUGGUCCAACUGUGUCGCUGUCACCAACACCACCAACGGCACCGUCAUCAACCCCGUCAAGUCCGCUCGCGUGAGCACCAAGGCUGGUCCCCGCAUCAAGUUCGGCCGUGUCGAAGUCGUCGCCCAGAUCCCCGAAGGUGACUGGAUGUGGCCCGCCAUCUGGCUCCUCCCCGCCAACGACACCUACGGCCCCUGGCCCGCGUCAGGUGAAAUCGACAUCAUGGAAUCCCGCGGCAACAACUACACCUACCCACAAGGCGGCAACAACAUCGUCUCCUCCGCCCUGCACUGGGGACCUACCUCGAGCGCCGACGCCUGGUGGCAAACCAACGUCAAGCGCGAAGCCCUCCACACGACCUACUCCGCCGGCUUCCACACCUUCGGCCUCGAAUGGACCGAGAAAUACCUCUUCACCUACAUCGACACCCGCCUCCUCCAAGUCCUCUACACGCCGUUCAACAAACCCUUCUGGCAACGCGGCGACUUCCCCGUCGCAGACUCCAACGGCACCCGGCUUGUCGACCCGUGGAGCCAGACGGGCCGCGACGCCACCCCCUUCGACCAAGACUUCUACCUCAUCCUCAACGUCGCCGUCGGCGGCACGAACGGCUGGUUCGAGGACGGCGUCAAGAGCAAGCCUUGGGUCGACGCCAGCAGCACCGCCAAGCGCGACUUUUGGAAUGCCCGCGACCAGUGGUAUCCCACGUGGGAGAAGAACGGCCAGAUGGUCAUCAAGAGCGUCAAGAUGUGGCAGCAGCAAGGUUACAAUGGCUGUUAA